AUGGCUCCCGGAGCUCUCGUCGAGGAGGCCCAGCCUGCCGUCGUCUUCAAGCACAAGAACGCCUACAUCAACAACGAGGCCCCCCGCGACAUCUUCCCCGACGGCAUCCGCACCUCGGGCCAGCACGCUCCCCUCUACGACGUUCUGAAGCCCUACUCCGAGUUCCCCAAGGAGAUUUCGGGCCCGACCGUCUGGAAGCGCGAGGACUUCGUCAACAACCCCGAGCGCUGGGUUCACCCUUUCACCGAUGAAGAGGUCCAGGAACUCUCCGACACGGCGGACGCCUUCAUCGCCUCGGGCACUCCCCUGACUGGCAUCUCGCAGGAGAACUUCCCGCUGCCCAGGCUCGGCAAGGUCCUCCAGAACCUCCGCGACGACCUGCUCAACGGCAAGGGCUUCAUUUUGUUUAAGCGCUUCCCCGCCGACGUUUGGGGCGCCGAGAAGAACGCCGUCGCCUACAUGGGCCUGGGCACCUACCUGGGCUACUUCAUCUCUCAGAACGGGCGCGGCCACGUGCUCGGCCACGUCAAGGACGUCGGCGACGACCCGACCCAGAUCCACACCGUCCGUAUCUACCGCACCGCGGCGCGCCAGUUCUUCCACGCCGACGACGGCGACAUCGUCGGUCUCCUCUGUGUGCACCGCGCGCAGGAGGGCGGCGAGUCUGAUAUCGUCUCUGUCCACAACGUAUGGAACACCCUUCAGAAGGAACACCCCGACGUCGCCGAGCUCCUGACCAAGCCCAUCUGGUACUUUGACCGCAAGGGCGAGGUCUCCGAGGGCCAGGAGGAGUGGAUCCGUCAGCCGAUUGUGUAUAUUGAGAACGGCAGCAAGGGCAGACUGUACUGCAAGUGGGAUCCCUACUACGUCAAGUCCCUCACCCGCUUCUCGGACAAGGGCCUGAUUCCUGCGCUCAGCGAGGAGCAGUUGAGGGCUAUGCAGAUUCUUGAGGAGACGUGCCAGAGGCUGGCGCUGCACAUGGUUCUUGAGGUUGGCGAUAUCCAAUUCUUGAGCAACGCGCACUUGUUGCAUGCUCGUACUGCUUAUAAGGACUUCGCCCCUCCUGCUCCCCGCCGUCACCUCCUCCGUCUCUGGCUCUCUACCCCCGAGAGCGAGGGCGGCUGGGCUCUUCCCAUGCCCGACAGCGACGAGAAGAAGCGUGGUGGUAUCCAGGUGAACAACACUCCUCCCAAGGCUCCUCUCGAUGCCGAGUAA